ACAUCUAACUUGAUACCGGUGACGUCACGCUCCAGUCGGAAGUUCCAGCGCAGCAGUGAGCAGUGAACGCUGAGUUUAACCAAGCUUUAAACAGCUAGAACAUGGACGACGACGUGUUGACGACUUUAAAGAUUUUAAUUAUCGGUGAGAGUGGUGUGGGUAAAUCAAGUUUGCUCCUGCGCUUCACAGAUGACACCUUCAACCCAGAAUUAGCUGCAACUAUUGGUGUGGACUUCAAAGUGAAAACUGUUGCAAUAGAUGGCAACAGAGCAAAGCUGGCCAUAUGGGACACAGCCGGUCAGGAGAGGUUCAGAACUCUAACACCAAGCUACUACAGAGGAGCACAGGGUGUCAUUUUGGUGUAUGAUGUUUCAAAGCGGGACACGUUCACGAGGCUUGAGAACUGGCUUAAUGAGCUGGAAACAUACUGUACACGCAACGACCUGGUUAAAAUGCUAGUGGGGAACAAAAUUGACAAGGACAACCGUGAAGUAGACCGGAAUGAAGGCUUGAAGUUUGCACGAAAACACACUAUGCUUUUUAUUGAGGCUAGCGCAAAGACACGGGACGGAGUUCAGUGUGCCUUUGAAGAACUGGUUGAAAAGAUCCUGCAGACGCCGGGGCUCUGGGAGAGCAGCGUGCAGAACCACGGUGUCCAGCUGUCUGAUCAUGAACAGCAGCGUCAGGGCGCCUGUGGAGGCUACUGCUCCCUAGUUUAACAUCCUCA